AUGUCCUUGCAAGACCACUUUAGGCAGGCAGUCAAUGUGUCUCAGGAAAUCAAGAAUCAAGCGACAGAUUUGUACACUCUGUUUAAUAAACAGUAUGCUGAAAGCCGGGGAUUCAAGUACAGGGGCAUCACCUGCCACACAUCGUCCUUUGCUGUUCUAAGAAAUGUGGAGGAUACGGGAAAGAUGAAACCUAUGGCCCUCCUGAAAAUGGUAUACAACCUACUGGGCUCCUGGACCAUUCCUCUGCAGCAUCUAGCCAAAGAAGUGGGCAGCCUACAAGGAGCCCCUGCUGCUCUGCUCUCUAAAGCCCAAGAGAUUGAAAAACCACACAAAGGACUCCUGGAGGGCGUGAGGAAGUUAAUCAGAAGGUCUGGAGAUACAGAAAAUGUGAAAUACCUUACCUGGUCUGGACUGACAUGCUUGCAGUCAACAUAUGAAGAAACUCUCCUGUUUGGAUUUUAUAAACUAUUCUACUGCCUACACGAGGAUUCGGUUAAAGUCUCCACUAAUCUGAAGCUCCUGGAGGACAAAAUGGUUACCUACAAUUGCUAA